UACUCGCACGCUGCCUCACUCACGCCGCCUCCGCGCGCGCCGACUUGCACGUUGCCUACUCCUUGGGCUGCUAGGUGUCGCGUGCCUUGCCUUGCACGCGCGCGCGCACUGCCCAGCUCGCCUAGUCCUUCGAUGACUAGGUAUCGCGCGCCUGCUGCGCCACUCCUAUUCCUUGUAGGAUCAUGCCUCGAGCCCAUAUCCACUAUUCCUAUUUCUACUAGAAAUAUGCUCCCAGUUACGUUUCCUGAUCUUCCGAGGAUUACUCCCGUCACUGAUCUCCCACGCGCGUUUCGGCACUCAACUGCUUUUUCUACUCCUGCGAGGAUUAGUAUUCGCGCCUUGCCUAUUCCUACGAGGAUUAGGCUUGACACCUCGUUCUUGCAUUCUGCCUCGCGCGUGUCUUCUUGCGCCCCGCGCUUGUCGUCCAGUACUCCUAUGCCUACGCGGUCUAGGCCAUCGCCCGCGUCACCUCCACUCGCUUGCCUAGCGCACCACGCCUGCUUCCCAUGCGACGCCCAGCGCAUUCCGCCAGUGCCCAUGCUCGGAUCGCCUACCGCAUACACCCGUGCACCCCACGCCGUCCGCGUGUCGCUCCUUCUCUCGCGUGCAUCAAAUCGCGAGCAACGGCGCGAGGAGUACGAGCGAGAAGACGACUUUGACCGACGGUCCCAGGCGUCUAACUAUCAUGACCACCCGAAGCCCGAAAAGCUGAGGAUCACACUAUCCACGUUCAACGGCAACAAUCCCGAGGCUUGGCUCAAUCGAGCCGUUCAAUACUUUGAUCUCAACGAGACCGAAGGACGUGAUCGGGUAAGAUACGCUGCCUAUUACUUAGAUGGAGAAGCCAACGUGUGGUGGCAGUGGCUUACUAGCGUAUACCGAAGCCGACAGCGAGUCAUUCGAUGGAACGAUUUCGAACGCGAGUUACUCACGUGCUUCGGCUCAUCCGACUACCACAAUUACCACGAGGCGCUAUCCCGCAUACGACAGACCGGCAGCUUGCGCGACUAUCUUAAGGAGUUCGAGCGAUUGGCAUGUCGCGUACAAGGCUGGCCCGAGACUGCGUUGGUUGGGACCUUUAUUGGUGGGCUGAAGUAUGAUCUAGCCGCGGAGGUUCGCUUAGAGCGACCAGAAUCAAUGCAUGCGGCCAUGGAAGUGGCCCGACGCCGAGAAGAUCAUCUUGUGGCAACUCGAAGGGGAUGGGCAGAUGCACGCUACCCCGAGACACGACGCACACAACCGGAUGCAAGCGAUAUGGUUCCAAGCGGCCAACCACCUGACAACUCUCGACUGACAAAUAGCACACGACCACCAGUCAAGCACUUGACGCUUGAGGAGAUAAAGCGCCGACGGGAGAAAGGGCUAUGUUUUAAAUGCGAAGAAAGAUUUACGCCUGGUCAUCAAUGCAAGCAGGCUUUUGUCAUCCACGUUAUAGACCCGAAUGAGGAAGAGCCCGAGGUCGAGAAGGAUUGGGAGCAAGAAGUCAAGAUUGGGGUUCCCGAAGAGGAGGCCGAGAUCUCGAUGCAUGCGAUGGCUGGU